AUGAUUGAAGAAACAUCAACAGUAGGAAAUGAUGUCGAUGCGGAUAAAACUGAUAAUAAGACAUCAUUUAUGCGUCCAAAUAUUCUAUUAACAGGUCUUCGUCGAUCAGGUAAAACAUCCAUACAACGUGUUAUAUUUACAAAAAUGCAACCAUCACAAACACAAUUUCUUAAAUCAACUCCACAUUUAACAAUAAGUCACUUUUCUUGUGGUUCAUUUAUUAAUUUUCAAGUUCNGUUUUCCUGA